AUGCAUGGUGUUGGUUCUGUCAGUGAAAGAACGGUGCAAAGAUGGUUCAAAAAAUUUCGUGACGGAAAUUAUAAUUUGAUCGACGAGAGACCUGGCAGACCUAUUGAGAUCGAUAACGAUCAAAUAUCUAGUUUAAUUGAAAAUAAUCCGCAUUAUACCACACAAGAGAUUGCCGAAAUAUUAGGAAUAUCGAAAUCCAGCGUUAAGAGGCAUUUGUGUCAACUUGGUUUGAUUUUCAGAUAUGGUAUUUGGAUUCCACACAAUUUAAGUGAAAAAAAUUUAGUCGAUCGAAUUGCAGCUUGUAAUUCAUUGUUAAAACGCAACGAGAAUGAAUCAUUUUUGGAGCGACUUGUCACUGGAAAUGCAAAAUGGAUUGUUUACACCAAUGUAAUACAAAAAAGACACCGGAAUCCAGAAUCAAAUUUGUCAGUCACUCCUAAAGUCAUUUCACGCCCCAAGAAGAUUUUGCUGUGUGUAUGGUGGGACUGGAAAGGAAUAUUGUUUUAUGAGCUCUUGCCACCUAAUCAACUUAUUAAUUCUGAUAAGUAUUGCUCACAAUUAGAUAGAUUGAACGAAAACAUUAAGGAAAAACGACCAGAACUUGCCAAUAGAAAAGGAGUAGUUUUUCAUCAAGACACUGCGAGAUCUCACGUAUCGGUACAAAGUCAGCAAAAAUUACGAGAACUAGAUUGGGAUGUUCUUAAUCAUCCACCUUAUUCACCUGACUUAGCACCAUCUGAUUUUUAUUUAUUUCGUUUUCUGCAAGAUUCGCUCAAUGGAGAAACUUUUGAUUCUUUAGAAGCCUUCAAAAUGUAUGUUUCAAGAUUUUUUGCUGCAAAGGAUGCAAAAUUCUGGGAGGAUAGUAUUACGAAGUUACCUGCAAGAUGGCAAAAAGUCAUUGAUCAAAAUGGUCAAUACAUUAAAUAG